AUGAACUCUAGACUAUUUUUUUUGCUUAUUAAUAAUCCCUCGUUCUAAUCUAUAAUUUUGCUAUUAGCCAUCCUCUUCAUAAAUUAUUGCAAAACUAAGAAUGUUUGCCUCAAUUAAAAGAGCAGGAUUUUUGGGGUAGAGGAACAUGAUAAAUCUGUUGAAUUUUUCUAGGCUUACUAGCUCCAUAAAACUUCAAGUUAUUUUGUAGUGGGAUUACUUUCAGAUGAAAAUAACUAAACAAACAAAGCAAAGCAAGUAUUUUAUGCCGGGUUUGAUGAUCAAAUGAACAAGAAGUUUUCCAAGCAAACAGAUGUUUUCUUAAAUAAUACACUUUAACUUUCCAAUCUCCUUAAAUUGGCAAACGAUGAAUCCUGCAUUGAUGUUAUGGACGUUAAUUUCAAAUGCUUAUAAAAAAUUGAUGUAUCAAACGGGGAAUUAGUUACAUCUUUUUGCUUGACUGAUGACUCAUCAUAUUCUAUGACAGCCUUUUCAAAGGAUAUAAAUACCACUUACCUAGAUAUCAACUCUGAUAAUGCUCAUUCGAUUGGAAUACAUUAUAGAUUCCAAGAUAGGGUUACCGUAUUCAAGUAUUCCUUCUACGCCGCUAGUUAUUUCUUCUAUUUAAUCGAGUACUCUUUUCUCCCAUCACAAGUUUUACUACUUUAUGUUAUAAACGAGUCUACAUAUAUUGUAAAGAUGGAUGAUUAAGUAACUAAGGUAUUAAACAUUCUAGAUUUAAGUAGUCUUUUAAGUAAAGCACAGUUUCUAGAAGUGAGCGAUGAUUCUGAAAGUAAGCAGCCAUUAAAAGGUAUGGUUGCUGGCUUUAUUUAAGGGAAUAAUUACAAAUUCAAAUAAGGAUUAUUAUUAGACUUGCCCAAGCCUUAUUAUAUUGAAAAUUUCUAGACUAUCUCUAUUUAAGUCUCAACAGGUUUCCUAAAUAUUGCUAGAUUAUUAGUUGACAAGCAAAGGCUCACUUGGCAUGGAUUUGAUACAAUCACUUUUAAAAAUGGAUCAAACAAUAUAAAUUUAAUUGAUUUUGAUUUAAUUGAGAACAAAGUACAAAUCUUAGAUUUGGUCGAGAGAUUCAUUUUAAUGCCAUAAUCACUAUUAAGUUCUUAUAAUUAUACUAUUGGUAAUUAAUAGUUAGAAAUACCCAUUAAAGGUUGCUUAUACAAAUACAAAUGCGAUGACAUUUAGGUAAAGCAUAAAUUAAAGCUAGUAAGCGGUUUAAAAGGUAAAUAAUUUUAUACAUAUGAUGAAAUAAAUGGCUCUUUAAUUAUUCAAACGAAAGAUGAAUCACUUUAAGGGACCUAUUCUUUCCUCUUGACCUGCUCCAUUUAUGAUGGACUUUAAAAUCAAACAUAGUUCAAGCUUAAACUAGAAAAUAGUAUUAAGAUCAUUGAAAAAACUAGUAAUUCUAGUAUUAAUAUAGAAAAAGUUGCUAACAAUAGUGGUGUGAGGAAUGUAUAAAAUUUGCCUCCUAGAUUUUAUAAUAUCCCAUAAGAUGCUACUCUAGUGCUAGGAGUUGAUAAAAUCAUCAGAUUGCCGAAGUACUACGAUCCUAACCCUGGAGAUAAGGUCAAUAUUUAUAUUAUAGAUGAAAGUAAAAAGCAAUAGCAAUACUUUUACGUCAAUAACAAGAGAGAUAUUUAAAUAGACAAAAAUUUUAACAGAACAGGAAAAAUUUAACUGCAAAUAAUUUUAGAGGAUAAUAACCCUUAAUUGCCUUUAAGAAGCCUAUAUAGUAUGGAACUUACAUUUCUACCAGCUAUUACAAUGCAAUAUUGUGGUGAAAUAAUUAAAGUGUAGGACAACCACAAUAAGUUAGAAUACCCAUAAGAUGAAAAGCUUUGGCUAAGCUCAAUUACCCCUUAUGGCACUUUUAGGCUCUAUUUCGAGAGAAGAUUGAAUGAUACUGAUAAAAAAAACAUCAUGGUAAAUAUCAAAAACUAUAUUCAAAUCCAUUUUACUGGAAGUACUUAAUAACUUAACUUCACUUUGAUUGAGAUAGACAAUAACUAAUUGAGAAUUCAAGUCAUUUUCGAGAAAACUAGAUAUACCUCACUUUUAAAUACUAAUAUGCCAGGAAACAUCCUAUAUAUUUACUAAUUGAUUGAAAGAACUCUGAAAUUUGAUGUAGACUCUGUAGAUGAUUCGAAUUUUAGAAAUAUUUAUCAACUAACCAGUUACUUAGGUGCAUAAAACUCAUAGUUUCUAAAUUUCGGAUGUGAGACCAGAUUUUUUAUUUUAAACUUUGCUUACAUGAGUUUUUUUGUUGGUAAAAGACUUACUAAUCUAAUAGAUUACUUGAUCCUUGGAUUACCCUUCAGAUUUAUCUAUGAGUAUUAUUUGCCAAUAUCCCUAUUUACUACCAUUAAUGUUCUCGCUAUAAAAAAUCAUUCACAUCCUUCGCUGAUCUUCUCAGAUCUUAUUGCACUUACUUUAUUCAUGAAACCAUUUUAAGAUCACAUAGAAAACUAAAAAGAGAUCUUUUAUGAAACUAUGACUUUUGCCAUAGCCAUUUUUUAAAUAUGUUUCACAGACUAUGUCCAAGAUCAAAGAAUAAAAGAUGAUAUUGGAGGUAUAAUGAUAUCUAUCAUUGUAUUCUUUAUAGCUAUAUCACUUAUUGAAAUGGGAUAUGAUAUUGCUUAAAUGAUGAAAACUAUAUUUAAAAUGAAGCUAAAAUCUAUCUACAAUGAACACAGAUUAUUAGUUCAUGAAAAGAAAUGA